AAAAAGCCAUAAUUUUAUAAAUCUCAAGUUAACAGUGGACGUGUCUGUAAAAUUCCAUUUGAAUAUGAAACUUUUCAUAUUUUUCGCAAUAGUUUCUUUGGCAAAUGCCCGCGACGCUAAUAUCACUUGUACCCCAUCAGUUACUACUGUAACCGGUACACACGCACCAUCACAAGUCUGUUCGGGCGAAUUGAUAUUCGAGGAUAAUUUCAAUUUCCUCGAUGUGGCGAGAUGGAAGCAUGAGGUAUCAUUGGCUGGAGGUGGAAAUUGGGAGUUUCAAUGGUAUGUGAACGAUCGCCAGAACUCGUUCGUGAACAAUGGCAUCUUGAACUUUAGACCCUCGUUUACCUCUGAUAUAUUUGGUGAAUCGUUUUUGACUUCCGGUCGGGUUAUUAUACCACCUGGCGAAUGCACAUUGGCUGAGUGGUACGGAUGCGACCGGCAGGGAUCUGUCAAUAAUAUCAUCAAUCCGAUAAGAAGUGCCCGGCUUGAUACACGCAAUUCAUUCGGUUUUAAGUUCGGUACACUCGAAAUCAGGGCUAAAAUGCCAGCCGGAGACUGGCUUUGGCCCGCUUUGUGGUUGAUGCCUCAACGUUCCGUAUAUGGUGGAUGGCCUGCGUCAGGUGAAAUUGAUUUGUUAGAACAAAGAUCGAAUCGCCAGCUGUACAACGGUAAUGUUAAUGUUGGCGUUAAUCAGGCUGGCAGCACAAUGCAUUUCGGACCACGAUGGGACUUCAACGCGUGGGAAACGACUCAUGGCCUCCGAAAUCAGGUUCCAGGUUUCGAUGCAAAUUUUCAUGUUUAUCGAUUAGAAUGGACCCCUGCUGGACUACGGUUCCUAGUCGAUGGAAACACAAUUUUGAAUGUGCCUGUCGGUAAUGGAUUUUGGGCACGUGGCGGCGCAUGGUUCCAAUCGAGUGGUCUGCCUAACCCUUGGCUCGGCGGAACACAAAUGGCUCCGUUCGAUCAGGAGUUUUUCAUCAUUAUGAACCUAGCUGUCGGAGGAACCAAUUUCUUUGCUGAUCACUUUGUCAAUCGUAAUAGCCCCAAACCUUGGCUAAACACUUCGCCAAGAGCAGCAGCUGAUUUCUGGUCGGCUCGUUCAGCUUGGCAACCAACUUGGACUUUGCAUAACACGGACAGUCAAAUGCAAAUUGAUUAUGUUCGGGUCUGGGCCUUGUAAUUUUUCGCUUGCUGCAUUCCAUUCAACGUUAAAUUCAAUUUCGCGCAACAAUAGUUAUUUCCGUACAGUCAGAGGCAAUGAAAUUUCAGCAUGAGAUUGCUUCAGCUGUUGAUCCACACGUACAAUCAAAACUGUUUAUAUGCUUAACACUACCACACGCGUGCAUGUAGCAGCUUUAACCGAUAAACAGUUGUGAUUGUAUGUGUGAAUCGCCUGAAAAACAGAUGAAGCAAACUCAUGCUGAAGUUUCAUUGCCUCUGACUGUAUCUGUUGUGGACGGUAGAUUUUAGGUAAUUUAGCUUGUAGCCCGAACGGUGUGAGGGCGACAUCUGAAAAUGACUAAAAUCAACCGUGCACGACAGAUACAACUUUUCAUGCGAAAGGACGAAAUGGCGAGAAACAUUCUGAUAUUUUGUCCCGUGGCUUGAGAAUCUAUUAAACAGAUGCAAUCGUACGGUGGAAAC